AUGAAGCAAACAAAAUACUCAGUCGCAAUAGUAUUUUCAAACAAAGGCGAAGUACUGAGGGCUGCUUGUAAGUGCCCUGCAGGGUAAGAUUAUAUGAUAUAUUUUCAGUUGCUUAUUUUAUGAAUUGUUUAUACCUACUGUACAUGUUUACGAGUAGAAAUACUAGUGCAAAACUAUGCAAACCUCUUUCCAUACAGUGAUGUAUGAAUGUGUGAAUCCGAUUGUAGACGGUAAAAUAUUGAAUCAAUGUAAUUCAAUGAAUAUAAAGGUCUUUUACCAUGUUUAUAUUAUUUUAUCGAACCUGUAAUUUCAUGUCUUGUCUCAAAUACCACUUCAUUAUUUUUAUUAUAAAUGUAUUUUUUGACAGGUUAGGUUCUGGUGGCCAUGGCCAAUGCAACCAUGUUGGUGGUAUUCUCUUUGCCAUCGAAGACUUCAACAGACAGGGACUACAAAAUCGCAGUGAACCAGUUACAUGUACUUCAAGGCUGUGUGCAUGGAAUGUGCCAAGAAAUAGUAAAGUGGCUGCAAAACCUGUUGAUGACAUCAACAUUGUGAAGUACAGAUAUGGAAAGGACAACAGAACUUCUGUUAAAUCAAGUGUGUAUGAUCCAAGAGCCCCAUGUGAUAGAGUGCUCAAUAAAGCAAAAUUAAACUCUAUGCUUGUGAAACUUAGCCAGCACUUACCAAGUAGCUCUCUUUUUCUAUUUCAUGAUAUCAAGCCAAGCCUGGACAGUCAAAAUGUUAUUGUUGACAGUACAUGUGAAUGUGUACCACUUAAUUGUAUAGAAAUGGUAGAACUUACCUCAGAACAUGAUGACAUGGACUUGCCAUUCAAUGACGAUUAUGACAUUGCAACAAAGAAAUUCAAGUCAAUGAUUGAUAUAUAUGAAGAGAGAAUAACUGACAAUGAUGUUGAAAGAAUAGAAAGGUUGUCACGGGGCCAGGACAAUACUUUUUGGAGGGAACUAAAACAGGAGAAACUAACUGCGUCAAAUUUCAAAGCUGCUGCUAAGAGAAAAGUUGAACCUGAUAAACUUUUUAAAGCAAAUCAUGUACAAAAUUGA